AAGUAGCAGUGAAAAGAUCUAAUUGCAAAGAAAGAUGAACAGUCCAAAAUGCUUUCAUCUCUUCAACUGCGACAACACGUACGAUUUAGAUGUUGUUGUGAAAUUGUUGGACGUCAUUAAAACGAAAACGACGGGGAUCGAUAUACAAUCGAAGAAGGAAUAUUUUCGCCUCCACCAUAUGUCUGAGUUGACUAAGACUGUUGAAGACAAGACCAGUGAUGAACGAAGGAUGGAUUAUGCGAUUUUUGCUGUCAAUGCAAACGAAUCAAGGCUGUCGAUUAACGAGGAGAACGCUGGAAUUGGUUACGCAAAGCUGUACAGAGCAUUACUAAGGGCAACAGAUGAAAGAGUAAUUGUUGUUAUUGGUGGAGAUGACAACUACAGAAAUGCCUCUGAGGAAGAUGGAUCUCUCCUGUCUUGCUGGGCCCGAAGGAAGGUUUCUUCUCAGUUCAAAGAAGAAUUCAUGGAUGGAAUCAAGGGGUUUAUUUUUUCUUGGGACAAGAAACACAGGGGGAUUCAUGAGGAGGCACUGUUACAUUUUCUUGAUUCCAAGAGGAAGGGUCAAAAAUUUUCUUAUGAAAUAAAACCUCAGGUAGAGCCCGUGCAGAGUGAAACUUUAGGUGAUCAAAAGCAGCAAACUGCAAACGAAACAAAAAUCCAAAUGGCAGAGCGAGGAGCACUUGAAAAGCAUGCACCUGAAAUCUGUCAGGGACAAAAGGAUGACCAUACCUCUGGUCUUCAUGGAGAAAUGACUGAGCAUGAUGAUGCUGGGGCAAAAUCCAAGGAGGUGAUGGAAACUGUCUACAGCCACUCUCAGGAAGCAAUGGACGCAAACAUGACACAAUCGACAGUACUUGGCCGAAAUCAGUCUGAUGUAGAUCAUUUUAAGAACGUUUUCGGUGAUGAAUUCUUUGGGAAGGUUCAAUAUAUCUUCGACAGUCCUGCAGGAUUAAAAGAUGUCCUAAAAUCACAUUCAAUAAACUCCAUAAGAUCUUGUUACAUCUUUUUGGAUGGAGCAGCCAUUUUGGGAGAGUUAACAUCUCAUUACAAAGACCUGCUUCGAUACGCCAGAGAUAACGUUGACAAAAAAGUCGUUGCUAUCAUCUGCUCUGAUAAUCGUCUGAUUCAAGAAGACACCAUUGCAGAUGAGAUUACUAAAACUCUUGGAAAAAAGGCACGUAUUAUUUGGUGGACAGAUCGCUGCACACCACCAAAGCAUAUCGAAGAGUCACUGGUUUUGAAGACCCGACUCCUCUAUGGUAGGAUUUCAUAUGAAAAGGUAGAAAAGUGGUCCGGGGAAUGGACCCCUCCUAAAGAGAUAGUGGAUGGCUUAUUCAACACAUGGCAAUCUGUUCCUAACGCAGAAUUACUGAUAUAUGAACAGAGAGAAACUGGAAAAACGAUUUACCAGGUUGUUGUGAAUGACAAUUUUCAGAAAAAAACUAUUGAGUUUUUUAGCAGCAUUGCUGCAUUUGGGCGUAGUUGUCUUCCACUUAGCAAAGACAGGGCACCUUCCCCUUCGCCUCUUGACUGA